UCCCCCGCCGCCCCCGGCCCCGCUCCGGCCGCAGCAGAGGGCCCCUGGCACCUAGCCCAGGACCAUGAUCCCCCCCAAGGAGAAGGCCAGAGCCCCCAAGGACAGCAUGACACUCCUGCCCUGCUUCUACUUUGUGGAGUUGCCCAUCGUGGCCUCCUCCAUCGUGACGCUCUAUUUCCUGGAGCUGACGGACCUCUUCAAGCCAGCCAAGGUGGGCUUCCAGUGCCACGACCGGGCCCUCUCCAUGCCCUACGUGGAGACCAACGAGGAGCUCAUCCCUCUGCUGAUGCUGCUCAGCUUGGCCUUCGCCGCGCCCGCCGCCUCGAUCAUGGUUGGGGAGGGGAUGGUUUACUGCCUGCAGUCCCGGCUGAAGGGCCGUGCCGGGGCCGAAGGCAGCAUCAACGCUGGCGGCUGCAACUUCAACUCCUUCCUGCGCCGGACCGUAAGGUUUGUGGGUGUCCACGUGUUUGGGCUCUGUGCCACGGCCCUGGUGACAGAUGUGAUCCAGCUGGCCACUGGCUACCACGCCCCUUUCUUCCUCACCGUCUGCAAACCCAACUACACGCUGCUGGGCACCCCCUGUGACGCCAACCCCUACAUCACUCAGGACAUCUGCUCAGGCACUGACAAGCACGCCAUCCUCUCUGCCAGGAAGACGUUCCCCUCCCAACACGCGACGCUCUCGGCUUUCGCUGCCGUCUACGUGUCGAUGUAUUUCAAUUCCAUCAUCUCGGACAGCACCAAACUCCUCAAGCCCAUCCUGGUCUUCGCCUUUGCCAUUGCUGCCGGCAUCUGCGGCCUGACCCAGAUCACCCAGUACCGCAGCCACCCCACCGAUGUCUACGUGGGAUUCCUGAUCGGCUCCGGCAUCGCCGCCUACCUGGCUUUUCACGCCGUCGGCAACUUCCGCGCCCCAAAGGAGAGGGUCCCAGUGCCGGCGCCGGCCAAGGACGCGCUGCGGGCACUGACCCAGCGUGGCCACGACUCCGUGUACCACCAGAACAAGUCUGUGAGCACCGACGAGCUGAACCCAGAGACUCAGAUGGAGGAGGCGGCGCGGCCGGUGCCGCGGGAGAAGAACUCUCUGGGCAGCCUGAAGCGGGCAAGUGUGGACGUGGACCUGCUGGCCCCCCGCAGCCCCAUGGGCAAGGAGAACAUGGUGACCUUCAGCAACACCCUGCCCCGCGUCAACACCCCCUCCAUGGAUGACCCCGCGCGGCGCCACAUGACCAUCCACGUCCCCGUGGAUGCCUCCCGCUCCAAGCAGCUCAUCACCGAGUGGAAGCAGAAAUCCCUGGAGGGCCGGAGCAUGACCCUGGCAGAGGACCCCACACAGGGCCGGGGCGCUGGGGACGCUGGCGAGGACGUUCCCCCCUCUCUCUACCCCACGGUGCAGGCGCGGGCGGCCGAGCGGGCGGGCGUGGGGCCCCGUGUCCUCAUCCAGCCCCGGGCGGGCACCUCGCCCCUGGUGCACAUCCCCGAGGAGAGCCAGGCGAGUGCUGGCAGCACGGCCAGUGGCGGGGCGGCUGUGAGGGCCAAGUGGGUGAUGGUGGCAGAGAAAGGGGGUGCGCAGCGGGUGGCCAACCCCCCGCGCCUGAUGCAGGUCAUCGCCAUGUCCAAGCAGCAGAGCAUGGUCUCUGUCACCCCCAAGCACUCGGAGACGUCCUCGUCCUCCACCAGCUCUGACUCCUCGCAGUACCGCUCGCCCUCGGAGCGGGACAGCUCCAGCAUCAUCACCAUCGAUGCCCACGCUCCCCACCACCCCGUCGUCCACCUCUCCGCCGGCAACGGGCCCUGGGAGUGGAAGUCGGGGCCGAAGGGGCCGGAGGGGCCGGACGCCUACGAGCUGGGGGAGAUGGGGAAGGAUUUCCGCAGCUUCCACCCGGCCAAGAGUGCUGGCGUCUCCCCCGGCUCCUCCAUCAGCGACAUGGAGCAGGAGGAGCCGCGUUACGGCAGCCUGGCUGCCAUCCCGGGGGCGGCGGGGGGCUGCGGGGACCCCCCCGAGGGGCUGCUGGGCACAGCUAGCCGCGAGUCCACGCUGCGGAGGAAGCCGUCGGAGAGGGAGGGGCAGGCGGACAGCGAGGUGGAGCACUACUACAAGAAGAUGCAAGCCGGGAGGAGGUUUAAGGACUGA